GACCAACAAGGGGAUACAAAUAAAGAAGAACAAAAAGACUUCAAAGAAGAAGAACACGAGGAAGAAGAAACUACAAAAAUCACUAUAGAAAUCACCAAGUCUGAGCAUGAGGAAAGUCACAAAGAAGAUGAUAUAGAAGAUUCUGAAGAGAAAUUCAGUGAAGAAAGAGAAAGCGAUACAAAAGCUGAAGAUGACGAUGAGGAAGGUGAAAAUAAAGAAAAUGGCGAAGAAGACGAUGAGGAAGUUGGAAACACCAAAGAUGAUAUUGAAGGUGAAUUUGAAGAUGUGGAUCUUAACGAGCAGAGGAAGUUGGCUAUUGAAGAGUUGAUCUCUAUCGAGUCUGCCUUCGCCGAAUUGCGUGACAAGUUGUACCAGGACAAAUUGAAUCUUUUGGAACAUGAGUUGCAACUUUGUUUAGAAGGGUCACAUCCGGAGUUAUCCAAGAUCUACUACAAGGUCAAUUCAUUUUAUCAGGACCAUUUGAAGCUUGCUAACUCCAAUUUGGCGUACAAAUUGAAGUGUAUUGACAAGGAAACGAUAGCUACGCGUACUUCUAUUCAUCAGGAUUUCUUGAAGAAUCUCAUGGAAGCCAAAAACAGCAUGAUCACUAGCACCACCUCACUUUGGUACAAGAUCAACAAGGAACGAAACCAGAUUGAUCAAUUGGUGCCAGACUAUAAUUUCUCUGCAACUCCUAUGAUCCCCAAUGUGACUGUGGGGCCCGUGGACGACUCGGCUGUUAUUAAUGGAGGCUUUUCCUACACUAACCUUGGAACCAACGGCUCGGUAGACUAUGUUGAAGUAGAUACAGCCCCUCUCACGAAGAAGGCCAUGAAACAGAACAUGUUAAUUGAGUUGGUCCAGCAAAGAAACAGCAUCAACAGCCAGUUGGGUGUUCUCAAUGGGUUGAUAGAGUUCCAUGGGUUUCCUUCUGCAAUCAUAUCGUCGUUGUCGGAGUCGGACGAGACUGUAGGUGAAGAGUUGUUAUUGAAGAAGGCGACAGAGGAGGAGGUGAACGAAGACUUGAAGGCUAUGGGAAUUUCGAUAUGA